AUGCAAAAACCCUUCGCUGUCCCACACACCGAUCUCCAAGAUAUUUUACAAGAAUUUAUUAGUGAGCUAAUUGACUCAUGCCUGAUGGAUGGGAUUCUAACAAUGCAUCGUGCAAUAAAAUUAGGAUAUUUUCAUAUUGUUGCUCCUGAACAAAAUUCAAACGUAUCAGACAAUCUUGGGUAUGGCUCUUCAAAUGCGAACCCUGGUAGAGACCCUAGCAAAACUGCGAGCUGCUGUCGAUGUGGGAAAUGUAAUUGUAAGGUUGCUGCUACACGCUAUGCUGUCCACUUGUCUAACUGUAUGGGAUUGGGAAGAAACAGUUCAAGGAGAGCCAACAAACGCAUAGCAGAACAACAGCGCCUAGAAGACGACGAUACCGAAACCGACGAGAAUUUUUUGGAGUCGUCUUCUGGAGAUGUAACUCCGUACAAGAAUCCAGCAACUUCAUCUGACCAACUGGAUUGCAAAUAUUCUAGUGAGGCAGUUAACAAUCACCGAUCGCCCUUGAAACUAACAAUCUCUUUGGUACCAGGCUCUGGGAAGCCAGAUCACUCUUCCAAACAUUCAAACAGACAACUUGAUCCAACAACUGGUAGUAAUGAAUACAGCUGUCCGGAUGAAAAUAAUUCAUUAAAACCCGUUCAAAGUUCACACAUGAAGUCUAACUUACCUACUGUAGUAAGUGGAUCUAGCACUUAA